GUCUGAGUCAGUCCAGGCAUGGAUUUCAGAACUUGAAGACAGAGCUUCACACGGAAGAAACACUUUCAUAACACUUAGAAAAGGGAAGAUUCCGAGCUAAAAGGACAAUCAGGAAACAUGGAUACAGCAAAGGGAGUUUCCAUUGGCAUUGAUCUGGGCACCACCUACUCGUGCGUUGGGGUUUUCCAGCAUGGCAAGGUGGAAAUCAUUGCAAAUGAUCAGGGCAACAGGACCACUCCCAGUUAUGUGGCUUUCACUGAUGCAGAGAGGCUCAUUGGAGACGCUGCCAAGAAUCAAGUUGCCAUGAACCCCUCAAACACUGUGUUUGAUGCCAAACGUCUCAUUGGAAGAAACUUCAAUGACCCAAUUGUGCAGUCCGACAUGAAACUAUGGCCUUUCAAGGUAAUCAAUGACAAUGGAAAGCCCAAAAUCCAGGUGGACUAUAAGGGGGAGACUAAAGCCUUCUAUCCUGAAGAGAUUUCCUCAAUGGUCCUUGUUAAAAUGAAGGAGAUUGCAGAGGCCUACCUGGGACAGAGGGUGUCAAACGUGGUCAUCACAGUGCCGGCUUAUUUUAAUGACUCACAGAGACAAGCCACCAAAGAUGCGGGGGUGAUUGCUGGACUAAAUGUUAUGAGGAUUAUUAAUGAACCCACAGCAGCAGCCAUUGCUUACGGCCUGGACAAAGGGAAAAGAGGGGAGCAAAAUGUGCUCAUUUUUGAUCUUGGUGGAGGAACGUUUGAUGUGUCUAUCCUAACCAUUGAGGAUGGCAUCUUUGAAGUUAAAGCCACUUCAGGAGACACCCACCUUGGUGGAGAGGACUUUGACAACCGAAUGGUGAACCACUUUGUGGAGGAAUUUAAGAGAAAACACAAAAAGGACAUCAGUCAGAACAAAAGGGCAGUGAGGAGACUGAGAACGGCUUGUGAGAGAGCAAAGAGAACCUUGUCCUCCAGCUCACAGGCCAGCAUUGAGAUUGACUCUCUAUUUGAUGGCAUUGACUUUUACACGUCAAUCACUCGGGCUCGUUUUGAGGAGCUCAACUCUGACCUCUUCAGGGGGACGCUGGAACCAGUUGAGAAGGCCCUGCGAGAUGCCAAACUGGACAAGUCCAAGAUUCAUGAAAUUGUCUUGGUUGGUGGCUCCACAAGAAUUCCCAAAAUCCAGAAGCUCUUACAAGUCUUGUUCAAUGGGAGAGAAUUGAACAAAAGUAUCAACCCAGAUGAAGCAGUGGCCUACGGUGCAGCAGUCCAGGCUGCUAUCCUCAUGGGCGACACCUCAGAAAAUGUUCAGGACCUGCUGCUCCUGGACGUCACUCCCCUUUCACUGGGCAUUGAAACUGCAGGUGGUGUUAUGACACCUCUUAUUAAACGAAACACCACAAUUCCCACUAAGCAGACUCAGAUCUUCUCCACAUACUCCGAUAACCAACCAGGAGUGCUGAUCCAGGUGUAUGAAGGUGAAAGAGCCAUGACGAAGGACAACAAUCUCCUUGGGAAGUUUGAGCUCACCGGUAUCCCUCCUGCUCCCAGAGGUGUGCCACAGGUGGAGGUGACCUUUGACAUCGAUGCAAACGGCAUUCUAAACGUGUCCGCCGUUGACAAAAGCACCGGCAAAGAAAACAAAAUCACCAUCACCAAUGACAAGGGACGCCUCAGCAAAGAGGAUAUUGAGAGGAUGGUCCAGGAUGCAGAAAAGUACAAGGCUGAGGACGAGCUCCAAAGAGAGAAGGUGGCAGCAAAGAAUGCGCUGGAAUCCUAUGCUUACAACAUGAAAAGCAGUGUGGAAGAUGAGAACAUCGUAGGAAAGAUCAGUGAGGAGGAUAAAAAGGUUGUUGUUGACAAAUGCAACCAGACUAUUUCCUGGCUGGAGAACAACCAGCUGGCAGAAAAGGAUGAGUAUGAACAUCAGCAGAAGGAGCUGGAGAAGGUGUGCAGGCCGAUUGUGACAAAGUUAUACCAAGGAGCAGCACCAUCAGGAAGCUUCAGCGACCAAACAGGAGGGAGCUCGCAAGGUCCAACCAUAGAGGAAGUGGACUAGAACUCUAGGGUUGAUUAAAAAAAACGUGUUGCUGUUGUUUGGUCUCAUUUGUUCUCAGUAUGUGGUUUAAGUUCACAUGCCCCGAAAACAAAUAUUUUUAGUUUCCUGUGGUAGGAAUGAAAUGCAAUUGGAGACAAACAUGUAUUGCUCAUUUUUUAUAAUUAAAAAAGCCCAAUAAAAAACACAUUUAUUUGUGCAGCUCUAA